GUAAAAAGUAUGUACUCAAAUUAGAAUUAUAAACUUCAAUUUGAAUGUAUGAUGUAAAAUAUUCAUUAUGCUGUGAUUUUAAAUACCUCUAUUCAAUUAAAGAAUCAACAGCUAUCAAGAAUGUUCCUAAAAUACUAUCACAGUUGGUACUUAAAUUGUAUCAUGAUUAGAAAAUAGGCUAUAUCCGUUAAUUACAAAUUAUGAUAAGGUCUCGGAGCCACACGCUCGUUCGUGCUUCUUAUCAGGUUGUUUAUAUUCUUGUGUUAAAGUGAACUUCGAAUGGCCUCACACGACCUCCUGAUUCCUCGUGUCUCUUAUCAUUAUCAGCACCAAUAAAUUGCGACGACGGGGAUAAUUUCGUUUAAUUCGUCGUUUACCCUGCCCUCGUACGGUCGACUCGCGACGUUCAUAAGUUAUUUCUUUUGUUUUACAAAUUCAUCAACUUAAUCAUAAAAUUAGUAUUCCGAACCAGAUUUUGCUAGUGUUCAUUAGUUGAGUGAUUUUAUUGUUGAUCCUGCAUCCAAGAGGAGGAAUGCCAAGUGACUGCGGUGAUUGUUUGGGAAUUCGUUAUCGAAUUAAUACCCUGCACCAAACCUGGAAGUGGUUGCAUCAAACCAUUGCCCUUCACGAAUACCUGAUCUCCCUCUCUUCGGCUGACACCGACGCCUGUGGGGCAAAACAUUAGUGUGUUCAUCAAGGACAUCACAAAUUAGACUUAACUCUAGUUUAGUUUAUUUAUAAUAAGACAUUAUUUAGUAAUUUACGCUUAAAAACAUUUAUCCUACAUUCAUACAGAAAAGUGCCCGUUUAUUUAUUUAGAGACAUUAACGAAACAAGUGAAAGAUGGCUCAAGCUAUGGUGAAAAGAAUAGUAUCCAGCAGUGCUUGCACAUUUGCUGGUCUUGCACAGAAAACAUAUAUAAGAAAUGUUGCGGCAUCCAGCAAAGUGGCCGCAUCAAAAAAGGAGAGAGUGCUUCCAACUGAGGGGGAGAUCACCAAGUCAGUGUUCAUGUCUCAAUCGACUGAUAUUUAUACGAACUUGGCUCUGGAGGAUUGGUUGUAUAAGAACAUGGACUUCACAAAUCAUCAUGUUAUGAUGGUGUGGAGAAAUGAGCCAUGUGUGGUUAUUGGAAGACAUCAAAAUCCUUGGCUGGAGGCGAAUGUUCCACUACUUUCUGAAAAAGAAAUAGCUUUGGCACGUCGUAACAGUGGUGGUGGUACUGUUUAUCAUGACCGAGGAAAUCUGAAUAUAACAUUCUUUGCCCCACGUGAGAGAUAUGACAGAAAUUACAAUUUGAAGUUGAUUAAGAGAGCACUGUUCAGAAGUUUUGGCAUUAAGUCAACUAUUAAUGAACGUCAGGACCUUAUCGUCAGAGACAAAUACAAGGUAUCUGGAACAGCUGCAAAGCUUGGUCGCCUGACAGGAUAUCAUCACUGCACCCUUCUAGUCAAUGCCAACAAGGCAGAUCUCAGCAAAGCUCUUGCUAAACGUGAGCAUGGCAUACAGACAAAAGCGACGGCCUCAACGCGAUCCGAAGUGGCCAACCUGAAGGACUUGGACAACAGAAUUACGGUCGAGAAUCUGCAAACAGCGCUCGGCUACGAAUACCUUCGUACUCCAGCUCUGCACCUGGACGACGGCGGCCAGAGCCUGAUCGCAAAACAACGCGGUUUUCAGUUCGUCAAUCCCACGGACGACUGGUUCCCGGGCCUGGCUGAAUUGAAGAAUGAUUUGGUUAGCUGGGAUUGGUGCUUUGGAAGAACUCCGAUGUUCACUGUCAGCCGUUCCUUUCCGGUGCCCAUAGGACUUCUUGCUCCGUCCAAAGUCUACUCCGCUACCCAGGAAUUGGUUAUUAAUAUGACGGUAGAAAAAGGUCUCAUCAAUGACGUGACCCUCAGCAUUCCUCCAGGGCUUAUCGAAUCCGGUUUUCACGGCGAAGCUUCAGUUAUAACUCAUCUUAAAGGGAAGAGGUUCACUUCGGAAGCUCUAAAUGCUCUCCAAGAUGCAAUGUUGACACGUCAUCACGUAAGUGACGUCAAGGAAUUGGACGAUAAAGAACAAUUUGUCGCUAAGUGUUUCGAUCAAGUAGUCAAUACUAUGUAAGUCUGAAUAUUUGUUUAUUUUUAGUAAGGAUUACAUUAAAUAUAACAAAAAAUACACGAUAUUUGUACAUAGAAACCUGUGAUAGUAAAUACAAAAUCAGAUUUGUAAACUUAGAUUUGCUCCUGUAAAUAUAGUUCGCAAUUAUUAGGAAAUAACACUGCUUGCUUUUUCUAUUAAUUAACAUUUCUAAAUGGUUUCUUGGGGUAUAUCUUAUUGUUAAAUUUCAGUCUGCUUCUUACUUAUGUGUUUUUAGUUUAGUGUUAUUUUUAUUUUGAUGUGAGCGUAAUUUAAAUAAUGACAAAAAUAAUAUGGAUUUUUCAAGAUUGUUGAUUGAUAUUUAAAGUGCUGUAGGUAUUUUAGUUGGCGUUGGCUGCGUAAUGAUAUUUUUGUACUUGGCCAAACAAAUAUUUGAGUUUACACGUUACAGACACGUCUUAGGUAAUUCAAAUGAACCAUUUUCUUGGUUCGUAAAGAUUCAUAAGUGGACGGCUAGUUUUCGAAGCCUAGUGCCUCAAUAUAUAUAUAACCGACAGGCGUGACGGUUUCUAAAUACAACACACUGUAAAUAUUUUAAAAACCCGCUUUAAUUAUGAAUUAAAUUUUACAUGUAAACGACUCGAUCCACUAAUUAUUCCCAUAGCCACUGUCAAUGUUGCGUUUCAUUGUUAAUCAUGUAAUACUUAAUAUUUUAAUGCUAUAGCAAGCAAGUUGAAUCGUUUGAUGUGUAAUAAAACCUGAGUAGUGUUGUAUUAUUUUUGCCAAUGCAGCAAGUAUAGGCACGCGAAGGUAGUCUAACCCACUUAACACCGCCAACAACACGAAAAUAUUACUUUUAGUUGCCAGCAUUGCAUUUUGUCUUGUCAUUAUUUUUAUUACGAUUUCAAUCGGAAGUUGUUUAACUGCGAGUCGCACCCGUGUGCCGAGCGCAACAAGAAUGCAUCAUAUCAUUUGUUUUUAAUUUUGUUCUUAUAAUAGUUAAUCCUUUUAACUUUACUUAUCAAACAUUUCAUGUUUUGUAAUAAGUACAUAUAUGAUGUUAAUAUUAUUAUAUUUUUACAGUGUAACACUAUCGUUUUAAGUAGACCUUAAAUAACCUGAGACCAUUUCAUAAUACUUCUCAUUUUUAUUUCUUGACAAUACCAGUCCAAAGCGGGGACUUUUUUGUAUGAAAUGGAUAUUAAUUUAAGUUUUAAAAUAAUAUGUAAUAAAAAAAGUAUCUUAAGAUAUUGUUGUGCAUCGUUUAUUAGUAGAGUAAAUUAUGUUUAGACUCAUGAGAUGGAAACAUUAAUAAAGCUUUAACAAAAAUAAA